AUGGCAGCUGAGUACCUUGGUCAGCACGGUGGGGGAGACCAGGUGCUGGAUUUCGACGGUCAUGCCGAAGUCCUGCUGGACAACUGGGAUAUUUUGGACCGGUUGAGAGCAGAUCCUUACUACAAAGAUGUGGUGGAACCGAGCGAGGCUAAAUUGAUUGACAAGGGCAGUGUCAAACGGAGGGUCGGCUAUGAGGAGGUCUGGGUGUCUUAG